AUGUGUUCUGUUUCCUUCCUCUGCUCCCCCUCCCCCACCUCUCUGAGACUACUACGUGGGACGCCCACGUCCCUGUGUCCCAGGGCCCCUGUGUCCGCCCGGACGGCAAGGCAGGUGGUGGAAAGGCAGGGGAUGCAAGGGCUCAGCAGCAGGACCUCCGGGCAUCGCUCGCUGUCCGGCUCCUCUGUCUGUCUGGUCUGUGCUCCAGGCUGCCCCGGGCUCCAGCCCAGUCCAGCGCCACGUGUGCCAGGAUCAAGCAUCGCAUGGUGUUUCUGUGGCUGUCUCAGCCCCAGCUCUUGGCCGCCAGCCUCUCCCUCACUUCGUGUCCUCCUGCUCUUGCAAGCUCACCCCACACUCCUGCCCCAGCAGAAGCAGCCUCUGGUUUUCCCUCUGUGCUUUGCUCCAUCCAGCCAACCGCUUGCUCAGAGUGCCCCGGGUAGUUACUGUGCGUCCGUUUUGUUCCAGGCUCCCCUGUGCUCCCCGAGCCACGUGGCCUGUGAUGCUGGGCGGUUGGGCCUCUUGGAUCUCCUCUGUAAAUUUGUUGUGCCCCUCCCCUGCUGCUGCCUGGGGCCUUCACUUGCUCCCCCGUCCACUGUCUAUGUUCUCAGCCUCUGUCUCCCUCUCUGUUGGCGGGGGGACACCCAGCACUCCUCUGGAUUUGACCGGAAUGUUGGCCACAGCUGUUAA